CUCAAGAGGAAACCAAGUCUCGUUACUGUAAAAGCAACUGACCUUGUGGCUUCUGUCAGGAAGGAAUGCAUUCAGAGGAGACAGACAGCGAGAUAAACAGAAGCUCAUACAGUACAGAGGAUCACCCUCCAGUGCAUACAGACAAGCGCUCUCUCUCUCUCUCCCUCCCUCCCUCUCUCACUUUCUCUCUCUCCCUCGCCCACUUACUCAGUAUCGUUUCAUCUCUCUCUCUCCCUCUUUCUCACACACACACACACACACACUCUCUCUCAGUUGCUGUGCUCUGACGGAUGGGGAAACACUGCCAAGGAGGACUUGGGGGCGAGAAGAGUGUGUUUCUUUUCUUCUCUGGUGUGUUUUCUUUCGCUUCCGCCUGGCUUCCCUCAUGAGCUGUUAAUUCCAGCCCCGGUCCCGAGGAUGAGGAGGAUCUAUUUGUGAGGAAGACGCAACAAAGGAAGAAGAAACAAGGAGCAACAGGGUGGUAAAUUCUGCAACCGGGGAGUCCUGACUCCCAGCAGCAACAGCAGCAGCAGCCAUGUGAGAGGAGCUGUCAGCAAGCAGAGGAUGCCCACAUCCAGCUAAAACAGAGUUCCCCUCUCUCCCUCCCUCCCUCCUGCUCCCUCCCUUCUUCCCACAUGAGGACAAGAAGAUGACUAUCACCAGCCGGCAGUCCUUCAAUGUCCUGACGGUCAUCUUCCUCUUGUUGUCCACUGCAGCCCUCUCAGCUCAUUACCGAGUGUGUGAACCCUACUCCGAUCACAAGGGGCGUUACCACUUCGGGUUUCACUGCCCACGCCUCUCAGACAACAAGACCUACAUGUUCUGCUGCCACCACAACAACACCGCCUUCAAAUACUGUUGCAAUGAGACUGAGUUCCAGGUGGUUAUGCAGCUCAACCUCACCACCACCUCAGAUGGAUAUGCACACAAUAAUUAUACAGCUCUGGUUGGCGUGUGGAUCUAUGGCUUCUUCGUCAUGGUGCUGCUGGCGUUGGACUUUCUCUACUACUCAGCCAUAAACUACGAGCUGUGCCGGGUGUACCUGGAGAAAUGGGGCCUGGGAGGACGCUGGCUGAAGAAGGCUCGGAGUCAGUGGAACAGGUCCGUGCCAGAGGAGGGCGAAGCCCAGGCUCAAGCCCAGCCCAUGGUCCCCAGCCACUACCAGCCGAGACACAGCCUCAGAGGGGAGAGCCACAGCCCCACGCUCCUGCCCUACAACACAUCCACCGCGUGAACGAUGCUGCGAGUGAGUGGACAACCUGAAGAGUAGCAACACCUUGUUUCCUUAUGUGAUACAGAAGAGAUAUCCCACAGAUGCCCUUCUCUGGAUCACAGACACAAACGCCACUGGGGGGCUAGCCAUACUGUAGUAGUUAGACGUGACUACUGCCCCACCUUAACGAGCACAAAACACCCGAGGACCGACAGAAACAGGCUGAUAUGGCAUUUAGAAACCCAGCUGAACAAAGGCUGCCAGGAAACAUUGUGAACCACACUGCUGCCAUCACAGCAGAGGAGCGACAGGCACAUUCAACUGCUCACAGGUGUUCAGUGAUCCCUGGAAAAUGGCUGCCAAGGCCUAGAGUAUCCCAAACAAAUCUGAGCUGAACUGGAUAAACUGUACUCGCAAGUGAGAAUCCUUGCCUGUUUUUUUUUUGUUUGUUUUUUUU